UCCAAAGCAGGAGAGGAUUUACUUCGGCAGAGCAGCUCAGAGCAUCACAACUCACUGAGAAAGAAGGGCAGUGUGAGCAAAGGACCUGGUUGCCUGGAGAAGCCUGGCACAAGGGUAGAAAAUGACCCUCAACAACGUUACCAUGCGUCGCACCCACAACAGCAGCCUGCAGCAGCAGCAGCAGCGAUGGAGCAUCCCUGCUGAUGGAAAGAAUCUGCUGGUCCAGAAAGACUCGAAUGAGUACAACCCGCAGAAGAGAUACACCAUCAGUCCUGAUGAAUAUUACAGAAGGAGCUGGUCCUCGGAGUCAUCUGAUUCUGUCAUCUCCUCUGAGUCAGGCAGCAAUUGCUACCGGGUUGUGCUGAUAGGGGAGCACGGCGUAGGCAAGUCCUCACUAGCCAACAUCUUUGCAGGGGUGCACGACAGCAUCGACAGUGACUGUGAGGUGCUCGGAGAAGACACGUAUGAAAGAACACUGAUGGUGGAUGGGGAAAGUGCAACCAUUAUACUGCUCGACAUGUGGGAUAAUAAGCGUGAGGGAGAAUGGAUUCGAGACCACUGCAUGCAAGUGGGAGACGCAUACCUGAUUGUCUACUCCAUCACAGAUCGAGCAAGCUUUGAGAAGGCCUCGGAACUCAGAAUACAGCUCCGCAGGGCACGACAGAAGGAAGAUAUCCCCAUUAUUCUGGUUGGCAACAAAAGUGACCUUGUCAGGUGCCGUGAAGUUUCCGUGGCAGAGGGACGAGCCUGUGCUGUUGUGUUUGACUGCAAGUUCAUCGAGACCUCGGCAGCCGUGCAGCACAAUGUGAAAGAGCUGUUUGAAGGCAUCGUGCGGCAAGUGCGGCUCCGCAGGGACAGCAAGGAGAAGAACGAGAAGCGGCUGGCAUACCAGAAACGGAGGGAGAGCAUCCCCAAGAAAGCCAGGCGGUUCUGGGGCAAAAUAGUUGCUAAGAACAACAAGAACAUGGCCUUCAAACUCAAGUCCAAGUCUUGCCAUGACCUAUCGGUUCUUUAAGAAUGCUGGACUCUGCCAGAGCUUGUGGCAUUUUGUGGACAUUAUCUACCUAUGUCGUGGGACAAUCAAUCAAUCUAUAUUAGAUUGGGCUAUCAAAGUGACUUAGGUUCACAGUUGUGAUUGUGAUUAUGCGUGCUGGCAUAAGAACAGCACAGUGCAUGGAAAUAUCUCUCUUCCUUUUCUUUUGUCAGUAGUUUUAAAAGAAAAAUAUAGACCAGAAUGACCCAAAGUUAUGGUGGGAAGUGUUCUUUAAUAUACCUGCUCUUUCUCCUCUCACCUUCAGAUAUUAGUGUAAGAACUUCAAACAGUAAUGACUUGGGAAGUGAAUACUACACUUUCCUCUUUCUUCUUGUUAUUAUUAUUCUUUUUUUUAAAACAAUGUAAAGAAUUGAGGAAUUGGCUGGGGAUUGGUCCUGUGCCAGUUGGCUGGCCAGGCCUGAGCACCCACCGCUGAAAACCCUGCAUUGUUGUAGAAUAGCCACCAAGACACUAUUUUGUGAUUUUUUUUUAAUGUCAAGGAUUGGUUUCAAUGAAUUUACACAUCUCUUACUUUGAAAAUAUUUAAAGGAAAACCCCUAUAAUCAAACAAAUUUUCCUCUCCUAUUCUCAUAUUAUGGGACUGUUUAAAAUCAUAAUAAUAUUAAAAUGAAAGUGCAAGUUGUAUCAAAGUGCAUCAAGUGCAGGAUGCCAAACCUUUUAUCGACCACCAUUUCUGAGCUUUUUUAAGAAACCACAUGAACUUCUUGUAGCCAGCCUUGGCCUUUCUCUAUGCCAGAGUUAUGCUGUAUUUAUUGUUGAGCAAAAUAACAAGCAUUUUAACGUUGAGGGGAAAUGUAUUUAUUACCAAAUUUCUUAAAAUGUUAAUUUUAUUACUGUUUUCUAUCUAUUAUCUUUUUUCAGACUAUGCAAGUUUUUACUUACAUGCCUUGUAAUAAAAGAAAUAAAAUAUA